AUGUUCAAAUAUCAAAAAAGAGAAGCUUAAUUCUGCAAGAAUACUUCUAAAAGUUUAUUUACAAAAUUAGAUUACUUUGCUUAACGUCCUCAAUUUUAAGUAUUAAAAAAGACUUCCUUCAGUACAGCAUUUGGGUAUUUACUUACAAUAAUGUUAUCAACGAUUUGUGUAUUUUAUCUAUAUAUUUAAAUGGAUGAACUCACAAAGUAAUCUAAUCCAUAAGUCAUCAUUUCAGACAAUCAACCCCUAAAUACUCCAGUAUAAACAAUAUAUAUAUAAAAUAUAGGUAAUUUACUUAUCCAGAAGCAAUUUUACUUUUGUAAUUAGCGUAUCUAAUGCACUUUUACAAUCCUUUGAUAAAAAUUUGAAGUAUUAUAAUCUGACUAUAAAUUAAUGUCAUAGAAAAAGAAGCUAUGAUGAAGAAAAUAGCAGGUCUAAUGUUUCAUUAGAGUAUAAUAAAUAAUUAAAAAAAGGUGUUUCAAUUAUAAAAUAGAACCUUGUGAUUUGGAAAAGCAUUUUGUAACAGAUUUUUAAAAAACCUAUUUCUAAAAGUUUAAAUUAUCUACUAUGUAUUGUUUAAAUCCAGAAUAAUGGGAUUAAAGACCUAUAGUAAUAUAUAAAUAUAAUAAAUAUAGUAACUUUAAGGUCAUUCAUAAAGUGAUAACUUUUAAUUUGUAACUAUUAAUUUAAAUCUAUGCAAAAACAGCACAAAUUAUAAGGAAUGUAGUCCAAUUGAAGAAAUUCAAAAAGGACUUGUAAGUUCAUACUAUGCAAUUUAUUUGUCUGAUGUCUUAAUUAAAAUGUAAAAUCCUGGAAGGCCAUAUGAUGAUGUAAUCACAAUUUAAAAUACUUAAUUUUCUUAUGCUAAAUCCUAACAAAUGCAUUCCUUAUUUAAGAUAGUCAAUACAGAAACUGAUGUUGGUUUGAUUAAUAAAGAUGUUUUGAGAGAUGAGACUAUAUUGCAAUCAGCAACAAAGGAAUAUUCAGAGUCUUAUAAUGGAUAUUAUUUAGCUAAUAAUCUUCUAUAUUUAGAAUAAAGAGAAACUAUAUACAAUAGAUCAUAUAUUAAAUUAUAAACUAUUUUGGGUAAUGUAGGAGGUCUGUGGUAAAUAAUUUCUUUAGUUAUUUCUGCUAUAUUUGGACCUGUCUUAUUUACAUACAUGAAUUUAUCACUUGUAAGUAAAUUUUUUAGAAUUGAAAAUAAUAAAUCUAAAAAUUAAUUUGAUAAAUAGAUACUAAAUGAUGAUGAAAUAAAAGAAAUGAAUAUGAUAGGUUCAGAUUAAUAAACCAAAAAUUUAUCAAUAAUUCAAAAUAGUAAUCAAACAAAAUUAAAAUAAUAUCUUAAGAAAAAAAAGAAUCCAAUUAGUAUUUCUUUUAAGGAUGCAUUAUUAAUGUAUUUAGGAUGUUUAGGAAACAAUUAAAAAAUAUAUAGAUUUGCUAUUUAAAAAAUAAUGAUGAAAUUAGAUGUUGCUUAUAUUAUUAAAAAAUUACAUGAAAUUGAUAAACUUAAAAGUAUUUUAAUGACAAAUGAAUAAGUAAAAUUAUUUAAUUAUAUUCCUAAACCAUUAAUUCCAAGUGAUAUAUUUGAUAUAGGAUUUAAAAAAUAAUACAAUCCUAAUACUAGUUCUAAUUAACCAGAAUCUAUAUCUAUAUUUGAAGAAGAGAAAACUGAAAUUUAAAAAUUGGAAGAUUCUUUUCAUGCUUAUUAGAAAAUUAGAUAAAAAGAAAAUCCAUCUAAUUUAGAUUAAGUUAUUAUAGAAUAGAUGGAUGAAGAAAUUAAAGCCUUUUUUGAUUGUAUGAGUAAAAAAUAAAGUGGUCUUAUGUAUCCUUUAUCACCAAGAUUUGAUUCAAUACCUUAAAGUUAAAGGGAAGAGGAAAAUUUAAUAAUAAAUUAAGAACCUUAGGCAGGAAAAGUAUUAACAAGAAAAAAAUGA